AUGAGUUCUUAUAGCAAAUUCAAUAGUUUAUUCCUUAGCUAGACAUAUGCAAAAAAAAAAUACGCAAGAAAAUAGAUGCCCAAGCUGAAAAGCUCUAAAAAUAUAAAUUAUAUAAAGCAAAAAUCUAGAAACACGUUGAUAUAUAUACUUAACAAUAUGGUAUAACUUUUUUUAACAUUUAAGCUACUAAAAUAUUAUCAUAAUUUAGGUGUGAUUGAUAAAGAUUUAGAGGAACUGCAAGCGAAAUUGUAAGAAAUAAAUGCCCAAUUUUUAAAAUCGAAGAUACCAGAACUUAAACAUUUAAAAGAAGAUGCUGGUAAAAUUGUAGAAGUAUUCGUUUAUAUUCAAACUGGUAAGGAGAAUAACUUUGAAAAUGCUAAGGGAUACUUAAUGAAAUAAAAUACUAUAGAUUUGAAUAUUAAUUUUAUGGAUACAGGCUCAAUAGAAUUGAUAAAACUUUAAGAGGUGUGGACAAGCAGGCGUACAAUUUUAGAAUCAAUAAAAAAUUAAAAAUAGUAUUAAAAACAUCAGUAGAUAUUAAAAUAAAUGCUUGAUUGGAUACUCAUUUUCUAUGAGAUUAUUAUAAAAUAAGAAAUUUUGAAGAAUAUUGAAACUAUGUAUUAAGAAUACUCAGAAAAAAAGGAAUUCUACAUAGCACAAUUUAUAAAAAAUGAAUUUAUUUAUAAAUAUUACAAGUAACUUUACUAGCAGCUUUAAAAUUAUAUAACAGCUAUUAAAGAGGAAAAUCCUCUUGUUGAUGAAGCGUUUGCUGAGAGUUUAACCAAGUUAGUAGAAGAAAUAUUCAGAAAAGACUCUUCUUCGACUAAAGAUGAAAAAGAAGAAGAUUUUAAUGCAGAAUAUGACAAAGAAACAGUUGAUAUUAAACCAAAAGAAGAUGAUGAUUAUGGGAUUAAAUAAAAGAUAAAGUCUAAUAUUUAUUUUGAUAGCAAAUAAUAAUUAUGUAAUGAAGAUGAAAUAAAGAGAUUUGAUUAGAUUGAAAAGGAUACCAAGUUAGUAACAACCAACUUAAAACUUCAAAAAACAGAUUCAAGAGAUUCCUCAGAAAUGAAGAUAGUAACAACGAUAACAGGUGAUAAUAAAAGCCAUGAUAAUGAUUAAGAACAAGAAAAUACUUCAUUUAAAAAACUACUUAAUGAACAUAAAUCAUUUUAGUCUAAGAAAAGAAAUGCUUAAUCAACAAAUACCGUUCAAACAGAGCAGCUUGAAACUCUGAACUUAGAUUUGAAUAAUAAAUUAUUUCAAAAGCAAAAAUCUAAUUCUUCUCAUGCUAUAAAAUUAAAUGAAAAUAAAAAAAUAAAUUAAUAAAUGUAAAACUUUUUAAAUGAUGAUGAAACGAAUAAAUUAAAAAACAGCAAUCAAAUUGUUACUGAACUUGUAACGAUAGGUCAAAAUUAGAAAGCAUAAGUUUGA